AUGUCAUCCAUUGAUGCAGAUUCUCUAUCAUACCCCCCUGUUCGUUCCUCAACAGGUGAGGUUCUAAUUAAAAUUCCAAAAGAUUUAAGUUCUCGAUCUAAGGAAGUUUGGAAAUAUAGUCUUGUGGGUCGCUUCAACUUCAAAACCCUUGGUCUGCAAUUUGAGGAGGCUAAGCUGAUCUUGUGUAACCAAUGGAGUCUAACUGGCCAAGUUCAGUUCAUCCCAUGGAGAAGGGGAUACUUCAUUAUCAAACUGUUCAAUGAGGCAGAUCGUAAGCGUGUCAGCUAUGAAGGUCCAUGGAAGGUUAAAAAUCAACUGCUGAAGGUGUUGCCAUGGACUCCCAUGUUCAACCCGGAGUCUGAAAAGAUCUCAAGAGCUGCCGUUUGGGUUCGUUUCCCAUAUCUGCAUCUAGAAUACUGGGAGGAGGAAAUCCUGUUCAGGAUUGCUCGUGGUCUUGGCAAACCAGUUGUUGUCGAUCCUAGAACUCUAAAACAUGAAUAUGUGUACUUUGCUGCUGUGCUCAAUGAUAUUGAUUUCUCCAAACCGCUUGGUAAUAUUAUCAUUGAGGAUGAAGAGUUGCCUAAGGGGUUCUAUAUUGAUUACGAGAUCAAUAACAAACCUGACUUCUGCGAUCAUUGCAAAUCAAUUGGGCAUGUUGAAGCAAAUUGCAGGAACAAGAAGUAUAAGGACUUGAAGAAGGUGUAUGACCAAGAAACAGAUCAGGUGAAGAGAGCAGCUCUGAAAAUUGAGUUGGAUGAGCUGGAAAAUGUCUGGAAAAAGAAGGAAUACACGAAGACAAACUGUGCCUCUGCUAGUUCUAAUGGUGAUGAAGAGGAAUUUGUUGAUACAACAACUCAGCAAGACCAGAAUGUGCAGGUUGGUGCUGUGGAUGUUGUUGCUGUAGAUGACGUUGCUGUAGAUGAUGUUGCUGUGCAGGUUGGUGCUGUUGAUGUGGUUGCUGUAGAGGACGUUGCUGUAGAUGAUGUUGUUGUAGAUGAUGUUGCUGUAGACGAGGCUGUUGAGCCUUGGCCUGAAGCUGAAAGUGCUGAGAGGGAUAGCAAUUUGGGAGCUGAUGCUUCAAACUUGGAUAAAGAGGAAGAAUUACUCUUUGUCUUCUAUGAGGAACAGAAGAGGAAGGUGAUUAACUUGGAAAGAGCUGCUGAGUUAGCUAGAUCAGAGCAGGGUUUGGCUCUAGCUAAACUUCAGAAUAUGAGAAGAUCAAUCAUUGAGAAGAAUCAACCUGCUGAGCCAAGGAGUUCUGAAAUACCAGUCGUUGCUGCUCCAGAAAUUGCAGUCACAGCAGUUGCAGAUUCUCUGGGAGAGCUGACUGAAGGUGUAAGUUUUAGCUCCCCUGCUAAAACAGCUAGAAAAGUCUCUCCAAUCAAACCUGCAGAGCCUCUUGUGGUCUAA